AUGAAAUUCCACGCAACGUCCCUCGCCAUCGCGUGUCUAGCAAGCUCUGCUUCCGCAGCAGUCGCCCACCCAAGGGACACGGCAGAGACCACUCCCAAAGGAGAGCAAUUCUCCAUCACCCAAAUCAAAAACGAGCGAUGGAAGGGGCCCAAUGCUCCGGCUGCUUAUAUUGCGGCUUUGGCAAAGUACAGCCCUACGUUACCCGAUCAUAUCAAGCACGCAAUAAAGGUCAAUCCCGACCUUCGCCGCAAGUUUGGCAAUCUCAUCAAUGCUGGAAAUCAAACGGGCACUGGUGUCGCAACGCCAUCUCCUGGAGGAGACGCAGAAUAUGUACUCCCAGUCCAGAUCGGCACGCCAGCUCAAACGCUCGACCUCAACUUGGACACUGGCUCGUCAGACCUCUGGGUGCUUUCCACAGAUACAUAUCCAUCCCAAGUCGAAGGCCAGCCGCUGUAUAAGCCAAACAACUCCACUACAUCCAAACGCCUGCCCGGAGAAUCCUGGCGCAUCCAAUACGGCGACGGCUCCAGCGCCAGCGGCAUCGUCUACUUGGACCGCGUGCAGAUUGGAAACACCUUCUUCGCCACGCAGGCCAUCGAGUCGGCCAUCAACGUCUCCGACGAAAUCAGCGACGACACCUUCUCGUCCGGCCUGCUCGGCGCGGCCUUUAGCACCGCCAACACGGUCCGCCCAGACCAGCAGAAGACGUAUCUCGACAACAUCAAAGACCAGCUCGUCAAGCCCGUCUUCACGGCCAACCUGAAGAAGGGCAAGCCCGGCAACUACAACUUUGGCUACAUCAACGCCUCCGAGUACACGGGCAACAUCCAGUACGCCGCCAUCAACCCAAAUUCUCCUCUGUGGGAGAUUUCCGCCAGCGGCUACCGCGUCGGCAGCAACGACACAGCCUACGUCUCGCGAGUCUGGAACGCCAUUGCUGACACGGGCACUUCGCUGCUUCUUGCUCCCAUUGACAUUGUCAACGCCUAUUACAGCAAGAUCCCCGGCUCGAAGCUGGACAAUGACUAUGGCAUGAUGGUAUUCCCUUGCACCGCAACGCCGCCUGAUUUUGCCUUUGGCCUGGGCACUUACAGAGGCAUCAUCCCGGGAUCGUACAUCAACUACGGGAAGAUCAACAGGACGACCUGCUUUGGAGGGAUUCAGUCGUCCGAGGACGCACCCUUUGCCGUGCUGGGAGACAUUGCUCUGAAGGCCCAGUUUACCGUCUUUGAUUUGGGGAACAAACUUGUUGGAUUUGCAAACAAGCCUGUCUAA